UCAUAUAACAUAAUUAUAACUUAGGAAAGCCAUGAACUACUCCCCCCCCAUGCAUGCAUGGCUACCACCAUUCCAGUCACAUGUUCUGAUGAUCUCCCGAUCAUUACCAAUGGAGGCAUAACCUAUGCUAGUGGGUCCACUAACAACAGACCAGUGGGUGCUACUGCCACGUACGACUGUUUUGGUCCCUACAGUCUUGUUGGAGUGUCAGUGAGGACCUGUCGGACUGAUGGAACCUGGAGCUCGUCACCAGCUCCAGUGUGUCAGCGUGUAUGCUCUGAUUUACCCUUACCAACAAACGGGAUGAUCACCUACAGUGAUGGAUCCUUUAACUACAGACCAGUCGGCACCAGUGCUACACACAGCUGUAAUAAUGUAUACACUCUCUCUGGAGGGGACACAAGGUUCUGUCUUUAUGGUGGGAUCUGGAACGGAUCAGCUUCCGUGUGUCAACUGUGCCUGUCUCUCCCUUCUCUGACUAAUGGGAUGAUCUCCUACUCUGACCAAACACAAGGUGAGGGCACGGUGGCUACUUACAGCUGUAACCAUGGUCACAAUCUUGAUGGAGACGCCACUAGGACUUGUGAGAGUAAUGGAGUGUGGACUGGGUCAGAGUCAAGUUGUCAUCCACAAACAAUAAUACAGCUGAAGUUUGGACCAACAAGCCAUUGCCUCCACUGGAAUGAAGGUAAAGCUGCAACCAUAAGUGGAAACAUGCGACAGACAAUUUAUGAAGUCAUAGCAAGAAGCAACAAAGACAUCCCACUUGCCAAUAUCGAUGGUGGUGUGUUCAGUUGCCGCACGUCUCAAAACUACACAACAUUCCGAACCACAAUUGACGGAACAGCAAAUACGAAUUCAUCGAGAGCAGCUGCCGUUAUCCAGGAGUGGGUGGAGUCUGGACCUGUGAUGAGAGUGGAGUGGUAUCUGGUCGAUGUUAUCGGUGGCAAGUGUCCAGUUGUCAUUGACUCCUUGAGUGAGGAAGAAUGUAUAGAGAACCAGUGUGUGGAGAGUUGCUUGGCUGUGUGCAGGGCGAGGGGGUAGACAUGCAUAAUAAUUAGUGGGACUAAGCUUUAUAGCUUUAGAUAACAACAGUUAACACUAAGUCUUACGUAGAUGUAUAUAGAUGAUAACUUUAUGUUUGUACAAAUUGUGUACAGCGUGCACAUGUAGUGUCUUUGACGAGAACUGUUCCGCCUAUACGUAUAUCGACAAUGAGUGAGCGGAGGGAGUGUGGCCUAACCAUACCCUAGCAACAUAGUUAUAAGACACGAAACUAUGAUUAUAUUAUUUUUACAGGACAGUGCAUGCAUGAUGUAUACAUGUAUAGAAACAAUGUUUUCUGCAUACUUAACUUGUAGCUACAUAAUGAAAAUUGUGAAGAACUAGCUCUAUCUGACCAUGAUUAUAUUGAUAUGAUCAGACUAUAAUCAAGCAGGCUAAACCUUUAUCCUUAGACAGACGUACAUGUGUAUGUAUGUAGUCUGUGUGAGUGCAUGACGUACUGUAUGUAUAGGCUAUAUACAUGUAUAAUUGUCUGUGCAUGUGUUUACAUAGCUAAUGGGUAUCGCAUUUCAGUUAAAAGCCCAUACUACAAUAAACGUUACGCUAGAUCUAUAUGUGAACACAUAAGGUGGUCAUUUUGCUGUCUCGAUCCCAUACGCUACAAAGCUUGCAUUGAUUUUGUUGUGUGCAAGUACGUUGUAAUUAUGCUCAUCACACUGGUCACUGGACAACAAGGUAGAUAAUCCCAAUGUGUAAUGUAUUGUUGCUAUAAAUUGUCACCUGAUACAGUUUACUUGACAUUGGGAUCAGGUCCUCCUAUCACUGCUAACAAUACUGAGAUCCUCAUCACUGCAUGGCAUUGGAGAGGAUGCUGAUGGUGGUCUUCCCUCUCUCACCUGUCACACUGACCUUAUGGCCUGCUGUAUAUAGAAGUGGUGCUGACAACAAUGGUAUGGGAUCACUGGGACAGUGGAUGUAUCCUGAUGGGAGUGUGAUACUGGGAAAUGGUGCCUCAGAAGUUGCUGGACAGCAGUUCUACAUGAUAAAGAAUGCACCUCAGCUUGUCAGGCUAAAGCGUAGAGAGACUACCAACCCCCUCACUCCAACCGGGUCCUACUGUUGUACUGUACCAACUACUGGAGGAGUGGAGAUAACUCUCUGUGCUAACCUGGGUAAGUGUGAUGAUUGUUAACAUGGUAUACGUUCGUGCAGUUUUGUGCCUUUCCUCGCUCCCCCCACCAAUAUUAUAUAGGGUGAUUUCCUACGUAUACUCUGACCCAACACUGACUGGGUGAAGGCACUGUGACCACCCACAGCUGUAACCGUGGUUACACACUCAAUGGAGGCGCCACUAGAAUUUGUGGGAGUGAUGGAUUGUGGUGUUCAGUAUCAUAACAAAGAACCAUAAACCAUAAGUGCCAACCUCCAAAGAAAAAUUUCCAGGACAAAAAAGUUGAGGGGGUUUAGCCCCAUUUUUAGUGACACUUGAGGAGAUUUAUUACCUGAGGCCGUGCCGCGGCCAGCGGAUAUAAUAGUGUGACAUGUGAGUCUACUCACCUGGAUGACAUAGCACUGCAUUUACAGCUUGGAUAGCCCUCACACAACAAGUUAUUAGUUUUAAUAGUGGCAGCUUUUGAUGUUAAAGGCUCGCUGUGGAAUAAAAGCGGAGCAAAAGCUAAGAAGCACAUGUUACACACAAACAAACUACUAUACCCGCUGGCCGCGGGUAAUAAAUCUCCAUAAGUUAGUGUCACUACAGCGUAAUUUAACUGUAUGGUUUGCUGUGACAUGUAGCUGUGUGCCUGUCCCUCCCUCUUCUGACUAAUGGGAUGAUCUCAUACUCCGACCCUCCUACACUGGGCGAGAAAACUGUAGCCACCUACAGCUGUAACCGUGGUUACACACUAAUUGGGGACAGCGCCAGGACUUGCGGGAAUAAUGGAUUGUGGACUGGGUCAGAGCCAACUUGUUUUUCAGCACCAACAAUAAUACAGCUGAACUUUGGACCAACAAGUCAUUGCCUCCACUGGAAUGAGGGUAAAGCUGCAACCAUAAGUGGUAACCUGCGACAGACAAUCUAUAAAGUCAUAUAGCUAGAAGCAGCGAAGACAUCCCAUUGGCCAAUAUCGAUAUAAUAUGAUGGUGUGUUUAGUUGCCGCAUGCACACCUCAAAACUACACAACAUUUCGAACCAAAAUUGACGGAACAGUGCACACGACUUCCUCGAGAGCAGCUGCCGUUGUCCAGGAAUGGGUGGAGUCUGGACCUGUGAUGAGGGUGGAGUGGUAUCUGGUCGAUGUUAUCGGUGGCAAGUGUCCAGUUGUCAUUGACUCCAUGAGUGAGAAAGAAUGUCUGGAGGACCAUGCAGUGUGUGGAGAGUUGCUUGGCUGAGUGCAGGGCGAGGGGGUAAGGACUGAUUGGAACUGAUAUACAUACACGUACAGUGGCUUUAGUAUUGAACGGUAGAAACAUUUAAUAAACUUAUAAAUGUAUAGUACAUGAAAUUAUGUUUGCUUAUCGAUAUUGUGGACGUAAUUAUGUUCAUAAUUAUGAGGAUAUGAAAGAAUUAGACAAAAUUUUACAA